AUGAAUAUCAAUACCCAGAUAUUUCUUUUUCUUUCUUGUUUUUAUAUUCUCUGCAAUGCCCUUCAUGUGUUUAGUGCAAACACAACAACUUCUUUUUUGUUGAACUGUGGCUCGGAAGAAGGAGGCACUGAUGCUGACGGGAGAAAAUGGGAACCAGAUACCAAAUACCUUGUUGGGAAUCAUCCUCACGCCAGAGCUGAACUCCAAGACUCUUCAAUCCUUUCUGAUGUUCCAUUUAUGGAUGCUAGAAUUUUCAGAUCUGAAGCAAUCUACAACAUCCCCAUAAAGCCAAAAACUCGCCAUUUUCUUAGGCUCUACUUUUAUCCUUCUGAAUACGCUGGCCUCAAUAUCUCCAACUCAUAUUUUUCAGUGGUGGCAGCAGGAGUUACCCUCCUGAAUAAUUUCAGUGCUUCAAUCACAGCUCAAUCCCUUACAUAUGCAUACCUGAUUAAAGAGUAUUCUUUGCCUGCCAAUGAUUCUGAUACUCUCAGCAUCAGCUUCAAGCCAUCAGAUAAAGCUGUAGAUGCUUUUGCUUUUGUCAAUGGGAUAGAGGUGACACAAAUUCCUGAUGAUCUCUUUGGUUCAGGUGUAAUGACUGGUUUUGCUGAUGCUUCCAUUGAUGCCAAGGACGCUAAUUUAGAGACCAUGUAUAGAUUAAAUGUUGCAGGACAGUAUAUAGCUCCAAAUAAAGAUUCUGGUGGUCUUGCAAGAACCUGGUAUAAUGAUGCACCUUAUAUAUUCAGUGCUGCAAUGGGGAUUGAUAUGGCAGCAAACAAAAGUCUUGCAAUCACUUAUGGGGAUUUGCCCGAGUAUGUAGCUCCUGUAGAAGUUUACCAAACUGCAAGAGACAUGGGACCUGAUUCGUCUAUGAACUUGAAGUUUAAUUUGACAUGGUUGUUUCUAGUUGAUGCCAAUUUCACAUACAUUGUUAGGUUGCAUUUUUGCGAGUUCAAUUUAAGAAGAAGCAAUCAGAAGACUUUCGACAUUAACAUUAACAAUCAAACGGCUCAGGGUGGUGAGACAGCAGCUGAUAUAAUUGGGUGGACAGGACAAAUUGGAAAGCCAACAUAUAAAGACUACAUGAUCGCAGUCAUUGACAAGCCAGGCGAUGAUCAUAUUCAGGUGGACUUGCACCCGUCAACCCUGUCGAAGCCUCAAUAUUAUGAUGCUUCACUCAAUGGAUUAGAGAUAUUCAAGAUGAGCGAUGCGAACAAUAACUUGGCAGGCCCCAAUCCUGAAAUAUCUCCAAUGCUUGCCAAGGAUCUGGCUAAAGGUAAACAAAAAGAAUUUCAAACUUCUGGAAACGCUGUGGCAGGAGGAGCAGCAGGCGUUUGUUUGGUGGCAGCAAUAUGUAUCAUUGCCUACCAGAAGAAGAGGAGAGCCCCCAACGUAGAAUCUCACACAUCUAGCUGGCUGCCUCUUACCAACUCCCACAGUAGCACCAGUAAAUCAUCGAUCUCUGGCAGGAGUACUACUAGUAGCCACCUUUCAACAUUGGCUCAGGGUCUUUGUCGCCAUUUCUCUCUACCUGAGAUAAAAAAAGCUACGAAGAAUUUCAACGAGUCUAACGUUAUUGGUGUCGGAGGUUUUGGAAAGGUGUAUAAAGGGAUUAUUGAUCAAAAUGUGAAAGUUGCCAUUAAAAGAUCAAACCCACAAUCUGAACAAGGAGUUAAUGAAUUCGAAACUGAGAUUGAGAUGCUCUCAAAGUUGAGACACAAGCAUCUGGUCUCAUUAAUUGGUUUCUGCGAGGAAGAUGAAGAGAUGUGCUUGGUUUACGAUUAUAUGGCACUUGGAACUCUGAGAGAACAUCUAUACAACACAAAGAGACCAAAGCUCUCAUGGAGACAAAGGCUGGAGAUAAGCAUUGGAUCAGCUAGAGGACUCCAUUACCUUCACACUGGAGCUAAGUACACAAUCAUUCAUAGAGAUGUUAAGACAACAAACAUUCUUUUAAACGAAAAUUGGAUUGCAAAGGUUUCUGAUUUCGGGCUCUCGAAAACCGGUCCUAAUCUAGACAAAGGCCAUGUUAGUACUGUGGUGAAGGGUAGUUUUGGUUACUUGGAUCCUGAGUACUUCAAGAGACAACAACUGACUGAAAAAUCCGAUGUUUACUCAUUUGGAGUUGUCCUUUUUGAGGUAUUGUGUGCAAGGGCUGCUCUGAACCCAAACCUUCCAAAGGAACAAGUUAGUCUUGCAGAUUGGGCCCUUCAUUGCCAACGUAAAGGCAUUCUUGAUGAUAUUAUUGAUCCUCACAUCAAGGGAAAAAUUGAUCCUGAAUGCCUUAAAAAGUUCGCAGAAACAGCAGAGAAAUGCUUGGACGAUGCAGGAACAGAACGACCCAGCAUGGGUGAUGUUCUAUGGAAUCUGGAAUUUGCUCUCCAAUUACAAGAUAAUUCUGAAAAAAUAAAAAAUAAAGGAAUUAUAACUGUGUCUUUUGGUGGGACCCAUCUUAGGAUCUUUGACAGAGACGUCUGUUUCAUUGUUUCUCUCUGCCACUGGACAGUGCUUUCGCUCUCUCUCUCUCUCUCUCUCUCUCUCUCUCUCUAUCUGUUGGAUUCUUUUGGCUUUUUUUUUCUUGUUAUUGUUUUUAAAUUUUGAUU